UGCGCCGGCCGCUCUAGCAACCCCUGGCUGUCACGCUUUGGUUUCCGGCUCCGUUCUGGCGGGUCUGAGCGCUGCGACUCCCAGAGAAGAGCUCUGCACGUGGAGAAGAUCGGGGACUCCGCGACCCUGCCCUCCGGUCCCUCAUGUUCGAAGAGCCUGAGUGGGCCUCGGCGGCCCCAGUAGCCGCGGGCCUCGGGCCCGUAAUCUCACGACCUCCUCCUGCGGCCGCCUUGCAAAACAAAGGCUCCAAGUGCCGCCAGCUCUUGGCCACAUUACGGGCCCUAGAGGCAGCAUCUCUUUCCCAGCAUCCCCCCAGCCUACCUAGCAGUGACUCUGAGGAGGACGAGGAGGAAAGGAAGAAGAAAUGCCCCCAAAAGGCAUCGUUUGCCAGUGCCUCUGUUGAAGUAGGGAAGAAAGGGAGGAAGAAAUGUGAAAAACAGGGCCCACCUUGCAGUGACUCUGAGGAAGAAGUGGAAAGGAAGAAGAAAUGCCACAAACAGGCUCUUGUUGGCAGUGACUCUGCUGAAAAAGAGAAAAGAAAGAGGAAGUGCCAGAAACAUGCCCCUAUAAAUUCAGCCCAGCACCUGGAUGGUGUUGACCAAACAGGUCCCAAAGCCUGGAAGGGUAGUACUACAAAUGAUCCACCGAAGCAAAGCCCUGGGUCCAUUUCCCCUAAACCCCCUCGUACAUUAAGCCGCAAGCAGUGGCGGAACCGGCAAAAGAACAAAAGAAGACAUAAGAACAAGUUUCGGCCACCUCAGGUGCCAGGCCAGGCUCCAGCUGAGGCCCCCACAGAGAAGACAGAGGUGCCUGCUGUUUCCAGGACAGACAGCCAUGAGGCUCGGGCAGCGGAUUUGCGAGCCCGCAUGGCACAGCGGCUGGAUGGCGCCCGAUUUCGCUACCUCAAUGAACAGCUGUACUCAGGGCCCAGCAGUGCUGCACAGCGUCUCUUCCAGGAAGACCCUGAGGCUUUUCUUGUCUACCACCGCGGCUUCCAGAGCCAGGUGAAGAAGUGGCCACUGCAGCCAGUGGACGGCAUCGCCAGGGAUCUUCGCCAGCGGCCUGCAUCCCUAGUGGUGGCUGACUUCGGCUGUGGAGAUUGCCGCUUGGCUUCAAGCAUCCGGAACCCUGUGCAUUGCUUUGACUUGGCUUCUCUGGAUCCUCGGGUCACUGUGUGUGACAUGGCCCAGGUUCCUCUGGAGGAUGAGUCUGUGGAUGUGGCUGUGUUUUGCCUUUCACUGAUGGGAACCAACAUCAGGGACUUCUUAGAGGAGGCAAAUCGAGUACUGAAGCCAGGGGGUCUCCUGAAAGUGGCUGAGGUCAGCAGCCGCUUUGAGGAUGUUCGGACCUUUCUUCGGGCUGUGACCAAGCUGGGCUUCAAGAUUGUCUCCAAGGACCUGACCAACAGCCAUUUCUUCCUGUUUGAUUUCCAAAAGACUGGGCCCCCUCAGGUAGGACCCAAGGCUCAACUUUCAGGCCUGAAGCUUCAUCCAUGUCUCUACAAGCGCAGGUGACCUCUGGAUCUUCCUUGAAAGGGGAGGCAGAGCUCAAACUCCAGGCUCAGAACUGUGAAGACUAUUUCCAGCCUGGCUAUAAGCCAAGACCUGGUUCCUGGUGGACCCCGAGGACAAAGUGUGAUAAAACCUCUGACUCAGCCGGGCACGUUGGCUCAUGCCUGUAAUCCCAGCACUUUGGGAGGCCAAGGCAGGUGGAUCACGAGGUCAGGAGAUCAAGACCAUCCUCCUGGGUAACAUGGUGAAACCCCGUCUCUACUGAAAAUAACAAAAAUUAGCCGGGCUUGGUGGCGGGCGCCUGUAGUCCCAACUAUUUGGGAGGCUGAGGCAGGAGAAUGGCGUGAACCUGGGAAGCAGAGCUUGCAGUGAGCUGAGAUUGAGCCACUGCACUCCAGCCUGGGUGACAGAGCGAGACUUUGUCUCAAAAAAAAAAAAAAAAACCUCUCAGACUUGCUGUCCUGAAGCCUUCUUGGUUCUAAUAUGCAUAAAGUCACUGGGGCUAGCUAAACGAUAAAGAGUUUAUUGUGAGAACAUGGGGAUAUCUGUCUGUUUCAUGACACUUUAGGUGUCAUGAAAAUUAGAUGGUUUGGAAUUCAAGGCAUCUUUAGGUUUGGCUUCUCUUUCCAAGUAAGAAGCCACAUGGCCUUUCUGUCCUGCUAUCUCCACUCUGCUGUCAUCUGAUCUGUCUACAGAUAAGCUUCCUCUGCUCACUCAUAGUUUCUGCUCCUUCAGCUUCAGUUUGCCCAGGCCUUUAUGGUUGCAGACAGGCAGCUGUUGCUGCUUGACUCUGAGGCAACUGGUAGUCCGCCAACAUCCUGGCUCAACACGUCAGUCUGAGCCACUAACUUGAGACUGUUUGGAUGUCCCUGUACUGAGCAUUUCUAGUGGUUUAUCUUUCCCCUCUCCCCUCAUCUCCAUCUUUGGAACCAUAUAGCAUCAAGGCACUCCCAACACGUAUUAUCCUGUGGGACUUUGGAAUGUUUAUGGCUGAGAGCACGGAUAUUUGGAAUCAGGUAGACCUGGAUUUAAUUCCUGGCCUGCUACCUAGAGGCACUUAAAGUCAUUUAAUCUCUGUGUAUCACAUUCCUCAUUUGGAAAAUGGUAGAAUUUCUGUCUUGCAAGGUGGUUGUGUGGAUUAACUGGGGAAAUUUGUAGCCAGGGCUGGGAACAUAGGAGGUGCUCAGUAAACUAGCUAUGACUAUUAUAUGUUGUAAGCCUUAUUGUUUUUUGAAGAUGUUCCCUAGGCUAGUUGGAGGCUGAGGGGUAAAGAAUGGAUUUGUUGACUAAGGAAGCCUCUGGGAGAGGCUAGGCCUUUCAGCAGGCUUACUUCAUAGGCUAUUUAAUGACUCUUAAUAGAUUCUGAGCUUCUGUCCUUAGAGGGGUAGUGAGGGAGCUGGGUCUCUGUUCGUAAACAACUUGUUGAUGCCGUGUGGGGUUCGGGGCAUUGGGCUGUUCAUUGGUGGAAGAGUCUGUCCAUUGUUUCUGCCUUGCAGUGGAAUCAGAUCAGCAUGUCCUGGGAAAGCUAAAGGCAAGGUGCUGAGGGAAGGUGAGUUUGAAUGAUAGAUUCUAGGCCUCCCCGAGAAGAUAUCUGCCAUGUGUCUAGGUGUAAAGAUAUGGCCUCUUGUACUUGCUUCCAGGAAUACCUGACAGUACCCCUCGGGAGAUCAUAGGUUCUAUGGCCCUAAAGCCAGUUGAAUGCCUUUAAUAAGGGGAUGGAGGUUUUGAAACAGGCUGUAGGCCAGAGGGCAUGUUUGGAGGCUGGGCUGUGAAUCAUUAAACAGGCACUGCACAGUGCCUCUACACAUACUGUUCUUUCUGCUGAAUACUCAUCUGACUGGCAAUUUGCUCACCUUUCCAAAUAACCUAGUUGUUUCCUAUUCUACUCCCAAAGCAAAAUCAAUUCUUCAUCUGUACUCUCAAAGUACUAUGUGAAGAGUGCUACUUCAGCUUCUAAAUAUUGCAUUGUGAUUCGUUUGUGCAUUUGGCUGUAGUUUUCUCAAGCCGUAUUCAUCUUUAUAUUCCCAAAGCUUGUCAUUUGAGAUAUAGCCAGUGUACUUAUUCACCUAGGGAGAGAUAAGGAAUGACAGGGUCCAGCUGAGUGGGAUGGAUGAGAACAGGGGUGUUAUAGAAACCCAGGUUCUAGGGCACAAGAUGAGGGCACUGUUGACUAGUCAUGAUGGAAGAAGUAGGCAGACAGGAGAACUUCAUUAGGUAGAAUUGGUGGGAUGCCGAGGAUGGUAAGAGAGGAAUCUGAAGUAAGUUCCAGGGUUCUGGCUUGAGCAACUGUGGGUAGGCUGGUGAUGCCAUUCAGAGUGUUGGAUUUCAAGAAGUGGGACAUGCGUGAGAUCUGUACUAGGGGUCUGGGAAUCAGCAGCCUAGACGUGGUAAUUAAAGUCAGAAUAGAUGAGAUAUUCAGGGUAAGACAAUAAGAAGAGAAAAUGGCUCAGAAUAAAAUGAGGAACCUGUCAUGGAUGGAUAAAGGAAAAUGAACCAGUAAAGGUGAUGGAAGAGGAGAAGGUUCACCCAGAGAUGUAGGAGUAAAACCAGGAGAGUUAUUGUUAUUAUUUUUUUUAAGACAGAGUCUUGCUCUGUGGCCCAGGCUAGAAUGCAGUGGCAUGAUCUUGGGUCACUGAAACCUCUGCCU